AUGGACAAGCCAAAACGCGAGGCUAUCCUCGAUCUCUCCAAGUACGUGAACGAACGCAUCCGUGUCAAGUUCACAGGUGGCAGAGAGGUAACGGGCGUUUUGAAGGGCUAUGAUCAACUUCUCAACCUCGUGUUGGAUGAGGUAGAAGAGGCCGUCCAAGGUGAUAAGGCGAUGCCAAACGGGGAGGUUUUAGAACCAGAGCCACAUGUUCGCACGUUAGGCCUUGCGGUCCUUCGAGGGCCCACAAUCACCCUUCUGAGUCCCGUCGACGGACUGGAAGAGAUCGCCAAUCCAUUCAUGGUGCAUGAAUAG